GAGAGGGAGGCGGGAGGCAAGGAAGAGGCGAAAGAGAGGAAGCUGGGAUAAACAUUGUCACAGAGUGAGUCUAAAGUAGGACAAUAAAGGGGAUCACGGUAUCAAUGCUCGAACAAUGGACUUAGCAGAUAUGUUCAUCGUCAAAUUCCUCUAUUUCAUCUACUUAAUAAAUUACACCCAAGGUUACCUUUAUGGAAACCGCCUGAACAAGUAUGUUCAUCACUAUGAGGGUCUCUCCUAUAACACCUAUGAGAUACAUGACAAGCACCUGAGAGCCAAGAGGGCCCUCCACCACCAAGACGCGUUUCUCCAUCUAGACUUCCAUGCACACGGAAGACACUUCAACCUGAGGAUGAAGAGAGACACCAGUCUGUUUGCGGAGGACCUGAAGGUGUCCGUAGGAGGCCAGGAGGUGAACUAUGACACCUCUCACAUUUACACAGGAGAAAUAUAUGGUGAAAAGGGCACACUGAGCCAUGGUUCGGUGGUGGAUGGCAAGUUCGAGGGCUUCAUCCAGACAUACCAGGGGAAGUUCUACGUAGAGCCAGCGGAGAGAUACCUGAAGGACCGGGACGUUCCCUUCCACUCCGUUAUCUACCACGAGGACGACAUCAACUAUCCCCAUAAGUAUGGUCCGGAGGGUGGCUGUGCCGACCACUCAGUGUUUGAGAGGAUGAAAACGUACCAAGCCACUGCCAUAGAGAAACCAGACAAGGGGCUCCAUUCUGAGGAGGUGUCCAGUGUUCCGGUGUUGCUGAGGAAGAGGAGGAUGGCUCAGAUAGAGAAGAACACCUGUCAGCUCUUCAUCCAGACAGACCACCUCUUCUUCAAGUACUACAAGACGAGGGAAGCUGUUAUCGCACAGAUUUCUAGUCACGUCAAGGCUAUAGAUGCCAUCUACCAGGGAACAGACUUCAUGGGCAUCCGCAACAUCAGCUUUAUGGUCAAGAGGAUACGGAUCAACACCACUACAGAUGAGAGGGACCGGUCCAACCCGUUCCGCUUCGCUAACAUCGGCGUGGAGAAGUUCCUGGAGCUGAACUCUGAGCAGAACCACGACGACUACUGUCUGGCCUACGUCUUCACUGACAGGGACUUUGAUGAUGGUGUCCUGGGCCUGGCCUGGGUCGGAGCUCCUGCAGGAAGUUCUGGAGGGAUCUGUGAGAAGAGUAAGCUGUACUCUGACGGGAAGAAGAAGUCCCUGAAUACCGGCAUCAUCACAGUGCAGAACUACGCCUCUCACGUCCCCCCUAAAGUCUCACACAUCACCUUCGCACAUGAAAUAGGACACAACUUUGGCUCGCCUCAUGACUCGGGGUCGGAGUGCACCCCGGGGGAGUCUAAGGCCCAGGAUAAGAAGGAGAAGGGGAACUACAUCAUGUACGCCCGAGCCACAUCAGGAGACAAACUCAACAACAACAAGUUCUCCGUCUGUAGUGUCAGGAACAUCAGCCAGGUCCUGGAGAAGAAGAGGGGAAGCUGCUUUGUCGAGUCAGGCCAGCCCAUCUGUGGUAAUGGGUUAGUGGAGCCAGGGGAGGAGUGUGACUGUGGAUACAGCGAUCAGUGCAGAGACCAGUGUUGCUAUGACGCCGGGCAGCCUGACAACAGGAAGUGUAAACUAAAACCCAACAAAGUCUGCAGUCCUAGCCAGGGCCUGUGCUGUACUCCUGAGUGCUUCUAUAAGGGUCGUAAUGAGAAGUGUCGUGAAGAGUCUGAGUGUGCCCAUCAGGGCAUGUGUAACGGGGGUACGGCCCAGUGCCCCACCUCUGAACCCAAGGCCAACUUCACCGCCUGCCACGGAGAGACUCAAGUCUGCCUCAACGGGGGCUGUUCUGGAUCCAUCUGUGAGAAGUAUGGUCUGGAGGUCUGUACCUGUGUCAGCGUGGAGGGCAAGGACGAGACUGACGAGCUGUGCCACGUCUGCUGUGGCGAGAAGAUGAACCCCAACACCUGCAGCAGUACAGGCUCAGAGAAACUGGCCCGGUUCUUCAAUAAGAAAAUCACCACGCUGCCUGCGGGGUCUCCCUGUAACGACUUCAAGGGCUACUGCGAUGUGUUCAUGAGGUGUCGGCUGGUGGACGCGGAUGGCCCUCUGGCCAGACUGAAGAAGGCCAUCUUCAACCCUGAGCUCUAUGAAAACAUUGCUGAGUGGAUAGUGGCUCACUGGUGGGCAGUGCUAUUGAUGGGUAUCGCUCUGAUCAUGCUGAUGGCUGGCUUCAUUAAGAUCUGUAGUGUCCACACUCCCUCCAGCAACCCCAAACUGCCCCCACCCAAACCACUACCAGGCACGUUGAAGAGGAGGAGAGCCCAGCAGCAGGCCAGGGAGGCCCAGGUGCACCAGUCCCAGUCGCACCAUGGAGGUGUCAGUCACGGCCAGCACCACCCUGUCUCUGGGGGCCAGCGGCAGCAGCCCUCACGCCAGCCCCAACCCCAGAGGCACCACCGCAGCCAGGGUCAGCCUAGAGAAAACUACCAGAUGGGCCAGAUGAGACGCUGAGCUGCUGAGACACUGGGGUUCGGGGUGGGGAACGCUGCUCCCUCCAUCACCUGCUCCUUGCCUUGGCUCCUCCUUGUGCCUAUUUAUGUCGCUGCUGGGAUUGAGAUUUGAACCCAUUUGUUGGUAUUUGAUUGAACCCAUGUCUCCAGGGUGGAAAUCCCACAUCCUCACCAUUUAAACCUAGAGGAUAUUCUUAGAUGUUUUAUGAUUUAGGACAGGUGGAAUUGAGGGAAAGAAAAGGGAACAACACCUUUUAGUUUUUACACACUUUUUUAGCAUGUCCUGUUUAUCUAAUGGUUUACACCUAACAGUGGGAUAAAACAUGUGCUUCACUCCACCCAAAGAACAGCCUAAACUGGUUGUUUAUACCAUCCCCAUACGUCAGACCCUCCAUCUACAAACAGACAAACAGGACGGAGUUGAGAAAGCUCAAAGACCCCCUCCAACGCCCACCACUGGAGCUGCAGCACAGCUGACAUCUUUAAAUAAAGACUUCCUCCAACGACCACUACUAGAGCUGCAGCACAGCUGACAUCUUUAAAUAAAGACUUCCUCCAACGACCACUACUAGAGCUGCAGCACAGCUGACAUCUUUAAAUAAAGACUUCCUCCAACGACCACUACUAGAGCUGCAGCACAGCUGACAUCUUUAAAUAAAGACUUCCUCCAAUGACCACUACUAGAGCUACAGCACAGCUGACAUCUUUAAAUAAAGACCUCCUCCAACGCCCACCACUGGAGCUGCAGCACAGCUGACAUCUUUAAAUAAAGACCCCCUCCAACAACCACCACUAGAGCUGCAGCACAGCUGACAUCUUUAAAUAAAGACUUCCUCCAACGACCACUACUAGAGCUGCAGCACAGCUGACAUCUUUAAAUAAAGACUUCCUCCAACGACCACUACUAGAGCUGCAGCACAGCUGACAUCUUUAAAUAAAGACUUCCUCCAACGACCACUACUAGAGCUGCAGCACAGCUGACAUCUUUAAAUAAAGACUUCCUCCAACGACCACCACUGGAGCUGCAGCACAGCUGACAUCUUUAAAUAAAGACCCCCUCCAACAACCACCACUAGAGCUGCAGCACAGCUGACAUCUUCAAAUAAAGACCCCCUCCAACGACCACCACUAGAGCUGCAGCACAGCUGACAUCUUCAAAUAAAGACCUCCUCCAACGACCACCACUAGAGCUGCAGUACAGCUGACAUCUUCAAAUAACCACCACUAGAGCUGCAGCACCGCUGACCUCUUCAAAUAACCACCACUAGAGCUGCAGCACAGCUGACAUCUUUAAAUAAAGACCCCCUCCAACAACCACCACUAGAGCUGCAGCACAGCUGACAUCUUUAAAUAAAGACUUCCUCCAACGACCACCACUGGAGCUGCAGCACAGCUGACAUCUUUAAAUAAAGACCCCCUCCAACGACCACCACUAGAGCUGCAGCACAGCUGACAUCUUUAAAUAAAGACCCCCUCCAACGACCACCACUAGAGCUGCAGCACAGCUGACCUCUUCAAAUAACCACCACUAGAGCUGCAGCACCGCUGACAUCUUCAAAUAAAGACCCCCUCCAACGACCACCACUAGAGCUGCAGUACAGCUGACAUCUUCAAAUAACCACCACUAGAGCUGCAGCACAGCUGACAUCUUUAAAUAAAGACCCCCUCCAACAACCACCACUAGAGCUGCAGCACAGCUGACAUCUUUAAAUAAAGACUUCCUCCAACGACCACCACUGGAGCUGCAGCACAGCUGACAUCUUUAAAUAAAGACUCCCUCCAACGACCACCACUAGAGCUGCAGCACAGCUGACCUCUUCAAAUAACCACCACUAGAGCUGCAGCACCGCUGACAUCUUCAAAUAAAGACCCCCUCCAACGACCACCACUAGAGCUGCAGCACAGCUGACAUCUUCAAAUAAAGACCUCCUCCAACGACCACCACUAGAGCUGCAGCACCGCUGACCUCUUCAAAUAACCACCACUAGAGCUGCAGCACAGCUGACAUCUUUAAAUAAAGACCCCCUCCAACAACCACCACUAGAGCUGCAGCACAGCUGACAUCUUUAAAUAAAGACUUCCUCCAACGACCACCACUGGAGCUGCAGCACAGCUGACAUCUUUAAAUAAAGACCCCCUCCAACGACCACCACUAGAGCUGCAGCACAGCUGACCUCUUCAAAUAACCACCACUAGAGCUGCAGCACCGCUGACAUCUUCAAAUAAAGACCCCCUCCAACGACCACCACUAGAGCUGCAGCACAGCUGACAUCUUCAAAUAAAGACCUCCUCCAACGACCACCACUAGAGCUGCAGUACAGCUGACAUCUUCAAAUAACCACCACUAGAGCUGCAGCACAGCUGACAUCUUCAAAUAAAGACCUCCUCCAACGACCACCACUAGAGCUGCAGCACCGCUGACCUCUUCAUAAAGACCUCCUCCAACGACCACCACUAGACAUCUUCAGUCUUCAUCCAGCUGUUUUCUGGGGCUCCACCUUUUUGAGUGAGAUCUGACAUUUUGUCAUUCUGUGGAGUGGAAGUGACCAACAGCCAUUGCAGUGUGGAGUGGAAGUGACCAUCAGCAUUGCAGUGUGGAGUGGAAGUGACCAUCAGCCGUUGCAGUGUGGAGUGGAAGUGACCAUCAGCCGUUGCAGUGUGGAGUGGAAGUGACCAUCAGCCGUUGCAGUGUGGAGUGGAAGUGACCAUCAGCCGUUGCAGUGUGGAGUGGAAGUGACCAUCAGCCGUUGCAGUGUGGAGUGGAAGUGACCAUCAGCCGUUGCAGUGUGGAGUGGAAGUGACCAUCAGCCGUUGCAGUGUGGAGUGGAAGUGACCAUCAGCCGUUGCAGUGUGGAGUGGAAGUGACCAUCAGCCGUUGCAGUGUGGAGUGGAAGUGACCAUCAGCCGUUGCAGUGUGGAGUGGAAGUGACCAUCAGCCGUUGCAGUGUGGAGUGGAAGUGACCAUCAGCCGUUGCAGUGUGGAGUGGAAGUGACCAUCAGCCGUUGCAGUGUGGAGUGGAAGUGACCAUCAGCCGUUGCAGUGUGGAGUGGAAGUGACCAUCAGCCGUUGCAGUGUGGAGUGGAAGUGACCAUCAGCCGUUGCAGUGUGGAGUGGAAGUGACCAUCAGCCGUUGCAGUGUGGAGUGGAAGUGACCAUCAGCCGUUGCAGUGUGGAGUGGAAGUGACCAUCAGCCGUUGCAGUGUGGAGUGGAAGUGACCAUCAGCCGUUGCAGUGUGGAGUGGAAGUGACCAUCAGCCGUUGCAGUGUGGAGUGGAAGUGACCAUCAGCCGUUGCAGUGUGGAGUGGAAGUGACCAUCAGCCGUUGCAGUGUGGAGUGGAAGUGACCAUCAGCCGUUGCAGUGUGGAGUGGAAGUGACCAUCAGCCGUUGCAGUGUGGAGUGGAAGUGACCAUCAGCCGUUGCAGUGUGGAGUGGAAGUGACCAUCAGCCGUUGCAGUGUGGAGUGGAAGUGACCAUCAGCCGUUGCAGUGUGGAGUGGAAGUGACCAUCAGCCGUUGCAGUGUGGAGUGGAAGUGACCAUCAGCCGUUGCAGUGUGGAGUGGAAGUGACCAUCAGCCGUUGCAGUGUGGAGUGGAAGUGACCAUCAGCAUUGCAGUGUGGAGUGGAAGUGACCAUCAGCAUUGCAGUGUGGAGUGGAAGUUCAUUUAUUUGAAUAGAGUUCCAAGGAGUGGAGGAAUGGUUCCAUCACAUGUAGCUUUAGUUGUGUGGUUUUUUUCUUUCUUUCCAUUUGCAAAGUCCCUCCUCCUGAGUGAGAACACACAUAUGUUCCAAGGCUCCUGGUUGGUUGAAAUGUUUUGUCAGCCAUUUUAGCCAGUAAUGAAAGAGAUUUGCUGGACUUGUGAUUAUGACACAACGUUUCAAACUCAACAGCAAAAAGACACAAGGCUCUUCUCUUUGUUUCUCCAUGCAGACUCUCAGAGACAGUCUGACUGACUGUCUCUGACUGACUGUCUGUCUGUAAAGAUUUUCAGUGUAACAUAACAUGAGUGAAAAAACAACUAUUUCUUCUACUGUAAAUGUACAUAUGAUUCUUUACUGAUUUUGGUUAGUACUGUACUCUCAGGACAGUAACACAAAUGAAGAUAUCUGGAAGGGUGUAUGGGUAAGUUCUGUGGACUGGACACUGAAGUUGGGAAUUUUAACAGCAUUUCAGCAAUCACGUUCUUGUUUUGCUGCAAUCAUGGAAUCCUAUGGAUGGAAUUCUCAUGGUGUUUAGAUUCCUGAGGUUCCAGAGGUAGAACAUAAGGUCACCACCAUAUCUCACCUUUGACCUUUUGUGACGUUCAAGAGCUCCCUCAUCUCUUCAUCUGGUAUUUUUGCUAAUAACUUGUUGUGGUUGUGACGUGAUGGGAAGUUCACUUAGUUUUUAAACACUUUUUUGGUUUUGUCCCAGUUUGUUUUGUAUAUAUAUACACGUUUUGAUGCAGUAGAAUGAAUAGAACAAAGAACCACUAAUUAAAAGCUGAUUCUGUCACGUCACUGACGGCAGGCUAAGCUAAGCUUGGCAUAGGGUCCAUCCAAAAUAGCACCCUAUUCCCUAUUUAUCCCUGGUCCAAACUAGUGCACUAUGUAUAGUUGAAGUCGGAAGUUUACAUACACUUAGGUUGGAGUCAUUAAAACUCGUUUUUCAACCAUUCCACAAAUUUCUUGUUAACAAACUAGUUUUGGUAAGUCGGUUAGGACAUCAACUUUGUGCAUGACGCAAGUCAUUUUUCCAACAAUUGUUUACAGACAGAUUAUUUCACUUAUAAUUCACUGUAUCGCAAUUCCAGUGGGUCAGAAGUUUAGAUACACCAAGUUGACUGUGCCUUUAAACAGCUUGGAAAAUUCCAGAAAAUGAUGUCAUGUCUUUAGAAGCUUCUGAUAGCCUAAUUGACAUCAUUUGAGUCAAUUGGAGGUGUACCUGUGGAUGUAUUUCAAGGCCUACCUUCAAACUCAGUGCCUCUUUGCUUGACAUCAUGGGAAAAUCUAAAUAAAUCUGCCAAGACCUCAGAAAAUAAAUUGUAGACCUCCAAGUCUGGCUCAUCCUUGGGAGCAAUUUCCAAACACCAGAAGGUACCACGUUCAUCUGUACAAACAAUAGUACGCAAGUAUAAACACCAUGAGACCACACAGCCGUCAUACCACUCAGGAAGGAGACGCGUUCUGUCUUCUAGAGAUGAACGUACCUUGGGGCGAAAAGUUCAAAUCAAUCCCAGAACAACAGCAAAGGACCUUGUGAAGAUGCUGGAGGAAACGGGUACAAAAGUAUCUAUAUCCACAGUAAAAACGAGUCCUAUAUCGACAUAACCUGAAAGGUCACUCUGCAAGGAAGAAGCCACUGCUCCAAAACUGCCAUAAAAAAGCCAGAGGUUUGCAACUGAACAUGGGAACAAAGAUUGUACUUUUUAGAGAAAUGCCCUCUGGUCUGAUGAAAUAUAAAUGUAACUGUUUGGCCAUAAUGACCAUCGUUAUGUUUGGAGGAAAAAGGGGGAGGCUUACAAGCCGAAGAACACCAUCCCAACCGUGAAGCAUGGGGGUGGCAGCAUCAUGUUGUGGGGGUGCUUUGCUGCAAGAGGGAUUGGUGCAUUCCACAAAAUAGAUCGCAUCAUGAGGCAGGAAAAUUAUGUGGAUAUAUGUCACGACAGUAGGUAUCCUACGCACAUACUUCCACACAAAACAGUAGGUGAGUUUUAUCUCCAUAGUUCUUACCACUGUGUAUCACUGCCUAGCCGACAGUUCCAUUCCCCCGAGAUUAGGGAAACCUUGAGAAGUACUCCCUGUCCUCUCAUAGGUUCCUCCGAGGCCUAGCCAGGUCGGUUCAAACACAGUUUAACUGUUCUCUGUAUCUGUCUUUCAAAUCCUGAGCUAGGCCUUGCUCAGAUCUGACUAAAACUACACACAUCAUCAGAUUAUAAUUUUAUGAUUCUAAUCAAUUUCAUAAGGUGUAGUGGAAUUAUUUAAUCAUUAUCUUUCAACAUUUAAAUUAUUUUAACAAUAUAUUUGAAGCAACAUCUCAAGACAACAGUCAGGAAGUUAAAGCUUGGUCGUAAAUGGGUCUUCCAAAUGGACAAUGACCCCAAGCAUACUUCCAAAGUUGUGGCAAAAUGACUUAAGGACAACGAAGUCAAGGUAUUGGAGUGGCCGUAAUAAAGCCCUGACCUCAAUCCUAUAGACAAUUUGUGGGCAGAACUGAAAAAGCAUUUGCGAGCAAGGAGGCCUACAAACCUGACUCCGUUACACCAGCUCUGUCAGGAGGAAUGGGCCAAAAUUCACCCAAUAAAUUGUUGGAAGCUUGUGGAAGGCUACCUGAAACAUUUGACCCAAGUUAAACCAUUUAAAGGCAAUGCUACCAAAUAUUAAUUGAGUGUAUGUAAACUUCUGACCACUGGGAACGUGAUGCUGAAAUAAAUCAGCUAUGAUUCUGACAUUUCACAUUCUUAAAAUAAAGUGGUGAUCCUAACUGACCUAAAAGACAGGGCAUUUUUACUAGGAUUAAAUGUCAGGAAUUGUGGAAAAAACGAGUUUAAAUGUAUUUGGCUAAGGUGUAUAUAAACUUCCGAUUUAAACUGUAGGUGUUAGGGUGCCAUUUCGUAUGUACACUUACUUUAGUAUAAAGAGGUUAUUAAAGACGGAUUUCUAGGUUUACGUGAGUGUGGAAAUGCAUCGAAAAUCAAUUCCAAUAUGGAAGAAACAAAAAGUUAAUUUUCAGAUCAAAAGCCUGACAAUGUACAACGUGGCCGUGCAGUCAUGUUUUUCAAAUUUUUUUUUAUUUAAAUGUGACCAUUGUUGAUUGACUGUACUAGGCUGUAAGGUGUGUAAUAUAUAUUUUUUGUCUGUUACACAAUUAAUCAUAACUGAUUAUGUUCCUAUGAUUGCUGGGGGUUGAUUUUAGUUCGGUAUUUUAGAUUUUAGUUCGGUAUUUUAGAUUUUAGUUCGGUAUUUUUAGAUUUUAGUUCGGUAUUUUAGAUUUUAGUUCGGUAUUUUAGAUUUUAGUUCGGUAUUUUAGAUUUUAGUUCGGUAUUUUAGAUUUUAGUUCGGUAUUUUAGAUUUUAGUUCGGUAUUUUAGAUUUUAGUUCGGUAUUUUAGAUUUUAGUUCGGUAUUUUAGAUUUUAGUUCGGUAUUUUAACCACAACAAACAGGAGAUAUUCAUAUUCUAAUUGUCCACUAUGACAUAACACUUUGCUUAGAGCUUGUUCCUAGAUUGAAAGGUUCAUUUUUCCCCCCCCCAUGCAUUCAUCACUUGCCCUGUAAAGAAAUGUGUGUGUGGAUGAUUGGGUUGUGUUGAUUUGGGCACCAAACGGAAGAAAACAGAAUGCGACGGUGGAAGGACUACCUGGGAUCUUCCAAUAAGAAACGUGUUCCAAAAAAUUGAUUUUAAAACGUUUUUUUUUUCUUCAUCUUUUUGUUGUUGAUGUGUGCCCUAAUGACAUAACCCUGUUCUGUUAAAAGACUGUGUCCCCUACAGAGAUGAGUGUCUUUGUGACCCUUUACAUUAGUUAACAUGAGUGUUGUUGUGCCAUACUUUAUGAACAAGUCUUUUAUAUAUUUUCUUAUCUUUACUUUUAUGUAGGAAAAGCCAGUAGGAAGGUCUCUAAAAGCUAUGCACUAGUUUGAAUGGACAAAUGGAAGACUCAUAGCACAAACCGUCCUGGGACCGGGCUGUCUAACUCCUCUAGUGUAGUUGUCAUGCCAAAACAGUCAUUUUGACUUUGACUGACCAUAGAAGUUGGUCGUGUACCUCUGCUCGGACGUUGCAGACGAAUGCCAGAUCUUACAAAGCCUGGAUAUAUAUUUUAAGUACGAACUAUAACCACAUCAUAUGUUAUAGCAGCUGGUGCCUGACGACACAGUCAGUGAUGUGGUACGUAACCAUUGAAGAAAGAGGAGCGUAGGAGACUGGUAGUGGGACUGUUUGACCUCCGGUGUUUUGACCUCUGCCCUUAAUACUACAAAGGACUAGGUUGAUUUUAGAUCAGGGAUGGGCAACUUUGAUGGGGGGGUGGGAGCCACAUAAUGUAAACUCAUCAUGAGGGGUGGCAGUGGCUCUCUGGUCUGUGUACCCACACUCAAACCCAUAUUCGCGCAGUCCGAGCCAGCCCUAGCCUUUUUGGGUCCCUAAGUGAAAUUUUGUUUUGCGAGCAAAACAUAUUAGCGCCCACCGGGUCCCCCACUUGACAGCAGAGAUAAAAAAAAAAUAGUUUUAGAGUUAAUUUCCUGCAAUACUUCACAUUGUGCGAUGGGGCGUAGAUGAUGUUGCCGUUUUUUAAAGCACUACCCACGGAGUUUGUUGUUUUACUACGGCGCGCGACAUGGUUCAAUUUCAAUGUACCAGUUAAUCAGCUAAAUCUACUUUUUCAUUUUUUUUUUUGCAUGGUUUCAAAUUGGAGCUAGAAUUAGGAUCGUGUAUAUUGUGCUAACGCUGAUACAUAAAAAUAGUAAUGUUAGAGAGUCACUUUAACAUACUUUAACAAACUUUAACAAACGAGGCAUUUGUGGUUAUGUACAUGGGGGUCGCCAUCGUUAUGCACCAUUCCUGUUUCCUGCAAUUCUGCUCAUUUUGCCAUAGGGUGGAGAGAAAUGUUGCCAUUUUAAAUAUGAUAUCUGAGUGAGAGGUAAUUUACCGCGACGGUAAUUUGACCAUGGCUAGAUUUAUUUUGGUGCCAUGGGCUAAUUGAGUGACUGACAUAACAAGAGAGGAACUGCUGAUACAAAACCACAUUUAGAAAUGGGACCUUGUGUAUUCUACCAUUUUGUGUGUGUGUGUGUGUGUGUGUGUGUGGGGGGGGGGGGUUGAUCUGAGGUGCCCGUCCCUGGCCUAGAUCAUGUAAACAGCUUCAAAGCUAACUGACUUGCUUUCCUUUUCUGGGUCAUGAUCACAUGUACUCUUUUCACACUAUCGUGCAGACUCCAACCGUACUGUUUUGGGUCAGAACUGUUAUUUUCAGCCUAUCGUGCAGACUUCAACCGUUCUGGUUCAGAACUGUUAUUUUCACAUUGUCCUUUCCAGCCCGGUUCCAGCAACAAUGGUGGAUGUGUAACCAGGCCAGGGCAGUAUAUCUGGCGUUGGCUUGGCUUGGCUCGGUUCAGCUUGGUUGUGUGAAAACAGGUCAUGGGCUCUGUAGGGGACUUUCUCACAUUGAAUCUCAUCAUGGACUUUUUCUGUAGAAAAUGAAGCAGUUUUAAAAACCAUACUACUGGCUAGUACACUCACAGUACUCUCACAGUACUCUCACAGUACACACACAGUACUCUCACAGUACUCUCACAGUACACACACAGUACACACACAGUACUCUCACAGUACACACACAGUACUCUCACAGUACUCUCACUACUUGGGAGGAUUUCGUUUUUAUUUGAAGAUUUAAACAAUAGAAUUUCGAUACGUCUGUUACUUUCUUUUUUGUUGUUGUUAUAAAUCCAGAGAAACUGUUCAGAGAUGUUCAUACACUAUAUAUACAACAGGAUGUGGACCCCCCCCCUCUCCCUUCAAAUGUGUGGUUUUGGGUAUUUCAGUCUGUUUGGGGUAGGCCCUUUUCCUGUUUCAGCAAUGCGAGGAGGUUCAUACUGAAAUAAUUGUCGAGAUCGGUGUGGAAUAACUUAACUGGCCUGCACAGAGCCCUGACCUUAACCCCAUCGAACAUCUUUUGGGAUGAACACCGACUACGAGCCAGGCCUAAUCCCCAAACAUCAGUGCCCAACCUCACUAAUGCUCGUGGGCUGAAUAGAAGUCCUCGCACCAAUGUUCCAACAUCUAGUGGAAAACCUUCCCAGAAAGGUGGAUGCUGUUGUAGCAGCAAAGAAGGUCCCAGGUCCAUAUUAAUGCCCAUGAUUUUAGAAUGACAUGUUCAACGAUGUCCACAUACUCAGGUGUCCACAUACUUUUGGCCAUGUAGUGUAUGUGAUAAAUCCUCCCUUUCUCAAUAACAAUUGAUUUGAAGGGUACUUAUAUAUAUAUAUAUAAUAAUAAUUACAUAACAUUCAUCAAUCAUAAGCACACAUUCAUAUUACACACUGCUUAUGAAUGUUAUACGGUCCUUUUUAUUUAGGUACCCUUCAAAUAAAAGUGUUAUCAACCUUUUUGAGUUAUUUAUGUUCUUAUCUAUGCUAAUUGAAAUGAGAUUCAUUUUAAAUAUUUGUACUGUUUUUUUUUCGUUUUUUUCUCCAUCAUGAAAAUGUUUAAAACAAUUAAUUGUGAUGGACUAACUGUCAAUUCGUAAAUUCGCUCUGGCUAUCUACUCCGAUUUCAGAGCACUCUGAGUGUGUCAGGGCACAGAAUAACUGCUGAAAUGCCCGUGUUAGUAAACGUCAGCCAAAAAGCGUGAUUCAAUCUGUCACCAACGCUCUGGAUCACGUGAAAAAAAGCCUAACCAGCUCUGCUAGGGCGAGUAAAAUGGUCAGAGUGAGCUGUUCUCUCAUUUGUGUCUGGAAGUAGCUAGCUAAUUUUAGCUGGUUAGCUUGUGUGCUUGACUGCCGUUGUGAGGCCAGAACGAUCGGAUCAUUCCUACUCCUCGGCCAGAUGUGCGCUCGCUCUGAACGCUCCGUGAGCGAAACGCUCUCAAUUUACGGACGCUCAGAGUGGCGCUCUCUGCCACUCCAGAGUGAAUUUACAAACGCAUCCUAAAAUCUUUCAUUCAUUGUGUCUGUUCUCUUGUGCAUGGUUUGGAUUAGAAGAACAACCACACAAGAUCUAAUGCCAGAAAAAUUUACUUUAUUUUUUAUUUUGUAAUCUUCAUGGGUAAAAAAAAAGAGAAGUUUCUAGAUAUAAAACAUGCACUGAAAUGUCAAAUUGAGUUGAAUAUGUUGUAGGUGAAAUGAUGUAGACCGAAAGAACACAAGAUGAUAAAAAAGUUUAAAACUGUCUGAUUUUAAUGUUCACUGUGUUUUAUACAGUAUCAAAAAAUGUUGUUCACUUUGAACAUUUUUACUAAAAAAUUUCAAAAAAUGUAUUGUGCAAAGAGAUGUAAUUUUUUGGAGUACUUGAAAUGCAUUAAUUAAAAGACUCGUUCAAAAUAAACC